AAAGAACCGGGAUACCUUUCCGACCUCUCCACCGUGCCCGUCCCCAAUAGUUUCUGGUGCGCGGAAGAUUUCGUACUCGGUGCAGGUAUGGUCAUCAUCCAGCCUUCCACAGGCAAGGUCGUCAUCCUCCGUGAGCAACGCCUUGACGAUCGAGGGAAGGUCUUCGACAUAUGGUUUUUUCCCAAGGGCAGAAAGGAUGUCGGCGAGACCUUGGAACAAGCAGCUCUGCGUGAAGGGCACGAAGAGUCGGGCCUUCAAGUGUCGUUCCUCCCUUUGUUGCUGGAUCACAACGCCCCCGACCCGCUUUCGCGCUUGGACAGGCGCGGGCUCGUCCCUUGCACGGAACCAAUCUAUAUCAGCACUCUCCAUUUCUUGGCAGGUCGUGGACCCAGUCGUAACAGGAGAGCCGGCGAGUACCUCACGUUUUGGUAUGUGGGUCAAGUGGAUGCCCACGCGGUUGUUGAUGCAAGUGCACGGAUGCCAGACGAAGUCAACUACGAGACCUUCCUCUUAACGUACGAGGAGGCAGUUGCUCGGCUCGAUAAUCGCUUUCGGGUGGUUUUGCACUACGCUUACACUCGCUGGAAGCACACUGUGGCCGUCAUGACUCACCCGGAGUACAAAAAAUGCAUUGCGACGAUGGAAGGGAAAGAUGCGGAGUUGAUCGCCGCGAAGCACGCUAGAGAGUCUCUUGCGCAUCCUCCCGGCGUGACUCAGAUCACAGACAACGAA